UGGGGAUCGGACAAACCUGGUUCGGCUCCCCAGCCUUUGUGCUCUUUGGCUUCUCAUUUGACGUCUCUGGGCCUCGGUUUCUUUGUUUGCCAAAGCUGGCAGUUCUUACCUUACAUGGUGUUAAAUGAGGCAGUAAGUGUAAACCUUAGAAUCAGACCUGGCACAGACUAGCUUUGGGGUAGGUGGGACGUAGGUAAUCACUCCGUCCACAAGAGUCCACCUGGGCUGGGCCGCUCGGGUUUUCCCUGUCAAGGUGUCCGAGAUGUCUGGCCAGUGAAGACUCGGAGCAAAAGGGGGAGAUUACAUGAAUAGGGUAGGUGAAGAUCCAGUGUUGGACAUGAGACUCACCAAGUGACCAUUUCAUUGAGAUCAACUUGAAUAACCAGGUGUAAAGUGCAAGACUAAUAUGCUAUGACUGAGUUUGGCUGGGGCUGGGUUUGAACCCGCCACCCUCGGCAUAUGGGGCCGACGCCCUACUCACUGAGCCACAGGUGCCGCCCUGCAUUGAAUUUCUUUAAUGUUGAUAUCACAGUAUCUCCAAACAAGCAAAUCAUCUUAUCUUUCACAGAAAACAAGGUGACAUAUUUUAUUUUCUAUUGCCAUUUGCCACUUCUUCAGAUUCUACAAAAGAAACUAUGUUUCCAGCAGCCUCCAAAGCCCAGGAGUCCAGUCAAUCAUCAGAGAGAGUCAUGACUCAAAAACAGCAGGAAGAAGCAGAAUGGGAAAACGUAAAUAUGCUGUUGAUGACACAUGGCUUAAAACCAUUGUUCCUAGUCAAAAGAACAGAUCUUAAAGAUCUAAUCAUUUUUGACAAACACUCAUCACAGACAAUGAGACAAAAUUUGAAAACGUUGGUGGAAGAAACAUCACGUCAGCACAACAUGAUACAGGAGCUCAUAGAAACUAAUCAGCAGCUUAAAAAUGAACUUCAGCUAGAACAAAGUCGAGCGGCACAUCAGGAACAACGAGCUAAUGACUUGGAACAAAUUGUGGAGGGUGUGAAAGCCAAAAUCUGUCAAUUGGAGGAUGAAUCCCUAAGUAGGGUUUGCCAGCAACAGAACAGAAUAAAGGAUCUUCAAAAGGAGCAGAAAGCUUUACAGGCAAAAUGCCAGCAUUACAAGAAAAGACGAAUGGAGCAACAAGAAACUAUUGCUGGUUUGCAAAAUGAUCUCUUGAGAUUUAAGAAAGAGGAAGAUGAGCGCAUCGUCACUCAAAACAGAGUGUUUGCCUAUCUCUGCAAAAGAGUUCCUCAUACCGUCUUGGACAAACAAUUGCUUUGCCUGAUUGAUUACUAUGAAUCUAAAAUUAGAAAAAUACAUAUACGAAGGCAAUAUAAAGAUGAUGAUAGUCAGUCAGAAGAAGAAAAAGACUACAGAAAUUUGGAUCCCUCACCAACUUACAAAAGCCUCCUAACGUCAUUACAGAAUCAACUCCAGGAAUCAAAAUCUAAGAUUGAUAUACUUUUAAGUGAGAAACUGAACCUCCAAAAAGAUUUGGAAACCAGGCCUACACAACAUGAAUUAAGACUUUAUAAGCAGCAGGUGAAGAAACUGGAAAAGGCCCUUAAGAAAAGCAUCAAAUUACAAGAGCUUAUUAGUCAUAAAAAGACUGAGGACACAGAGAUAAAAGAUGACCCCAGCAAAUAUAACCACCAACAGGCCAUAAUUGACCAGAGAUACUUUCAGGUGCUGUGUAGCAUCAAUUCAAUUAUUCACAAUCCAAGAGCUCCAGUAAUAAUUUAUAAACAGAGCAAAGGAGGAGCCCCAAAUUUUAAUAAAGAUCUUGUUCAAGAUUGUGGAUUUGAGCAUCUUGUUCCAGUAAUAGAAAUGUGGGCAGAUCAACUGACAUCAUUGAAGGAUUUAUAUAAGUCCUUGAAAAUACUGUCUGCAGAACUGGUGCCUUGGCAUAAUUUAAUGAAGCAGGAUGAAGAUGAAAGUAUCAAAGUUGAAGAUUUGUUGUUUAUGGUAGAUACCAUGUUGGAAGAAAUUGAAAAUAAGGAAAAGGGCAGCAAUUUGUCAGACUUUGAAAUGUUGCAAGCUAUUGUUUCUCACUUCCAAAAAUUAUUUGAUGUGCCUUCUUUAAAUGGAGUCUAUCCCCGAAUGAAUGAAGUUUAUACAAGGCUUGGAGAAAUGAACAAUGCUGUGAGAAACCUUCAAGAACUCCUAGAAUUAGAUAGUUCAUCCUCAUUGCGUGUCCUGGUAAGCACCGUUGGGAAAUUGUGUAGGCGGAUUAAUGAGGAUAUCAGAGAGCAGGUUAAGCAGGUAUUAGGACCUGAAGACCUCCAAAGCAUUAUCAACAAAUUGGAAGAACAUGAAGAAUUUUUCCCAGCAUUUCAGGAAUUUACUAAUGAUCUACUUGAAAUCUUAGAAAUCGAUGACUUGGAUGCCAUUGUACCUGCAGUAAAGAAAUUAAAAGUACUUUCAUACUGAAAACAUAUCAAAUCAUUUUUACUGUGUAAAUUGCUUUCUUAACAUUUUGUAUUUUGUAGGAUUGCUCUCAUUUUGAGACAAGGGCUAUAAAAUGUGUUUGCUCUCAGAAUUCAUCCCUUUUUAGAACUGGGUAAUUCUUCGUCUAUAUAAUUUUUAUUAACUUUGAGAUUCUUAUACAGAAAACAGUUACUAAGUUAAGGUAGUAAAUUAAUUUUAGGUCCUUUAAUCAUUUCUUAAGCAAUUCUCGAGCACUUAAAAUUUAAGUUUGUUUUAAAGUGAGCUUGUGAGUAAGAGGAACCCAGGGAGAGAGUUUCUAAGUAAGUUCAGGGUUUAGUGACAUUUGGGUCAGGGCAAAAGGUGUGCCUACGGCUAAGUCCAGCCACUAAGUAGCUACUGCUCUCCUGGCAAGGAUUAAUUAGCACAUUCUAUUAAGAUAUCCCUCAUGGCAGUCACCCUUUCAAAGCAGGAGGAAGACACAGAAGAAAGAAAAAGGUUUAUAUUUAUAUUAGGGUAGGAAAUGAAUCAUGGGGUAAAGUAGAUAAAUAGUCCCUCAUUUAAAAAAGUGUCUUUUUUGCAAUCUUGAUGUAAUGCACUUUUUAUAAGGACAUGAGAAUUUAAAUAAAAUUUUGUAAAGAAUUUC